UGACCGUCCGAUCAUGCGUCUGCGUGGUCCCAUCGCCGCGUGCACGCAUGAGCGCGUCACUCAGUCAUACAAGUUUACUGGAGGCGAGACGCUGGCGCACUGAAGUGCGAUGCGGUGCGGUCCAGUGGGCAAGCCGACAGGAUGCGCUUUUUACCCUCAGGGUGCGCAGCGUUUGGCGUCCAAUGGGGCCGAUCCAGUCACCGUCGGUUGUUUUGGGGGAGCAACAGCGGGCAUGUGCCCGAAUGGCGAGACACGUCAGGUUUAACGCAUCCAUGUCCAGACAUAUGAAUUUCAAUUCUGCUGCAUGAUUGGAGAGCGUUUGCUAGAGAUGCAGCGCGUUUCUUGUUGCUUUGCUGUUAACCCGGUGCUGCCCGUAUUGAACAUUCAUAAAUACAGGGUUUUGUGGACCUGACAGCUGCUGAGGUCUCAAGUUGUCUGAAGAUUCGGUGACAAGAUGCCAGAAAAAUCAUUGAAGUUCUGCAGACUCUAAAUCAUGGGGAACACUGAGAGCCAAAACGGGGAACAUGCCCUCUACAGUACUGGACGUGGCUAUUUGUCACGGAAGCACAUGUCUCGGUCUCUCCGCAUUUCCAAUAAACAGUCCAGGCGUUCUCGGCAUGCUUCGUCGGGGAAAAUGGAGCACAGAAACUCUGAGACGAGCACUCGGUCAAGUAGCACCCCCAGCAUCCCACAAUCCUUAGCUGACAAUGGGUUGGAACCCUUCAAUGAAACAAACAACUUCCCUGACUUUGGAAGCCCCAUUUGGGUGGAUCGUGUGGCAAUGAGUUUGCGCCCUAUAUCCUUUCAUAAUGAUCUGGCCAAUCCCUCAGUGCAUAUGAAUACAAUGCACAUAACCCUACCUGGUCCCACUGCGGAAGAGACGCAGGAUGAGGAAGUGUACACAAAUGAGGUUAAAUAUAUUCAGCAGACCUUAGAGUGCUCCAAAGAGACAAUCAGCUUCAAAAAGAGAUCGAAAUCUGCAGACACCUGGCGAGAUGACAGCCUAGAAUUUUCCCUGUCUGAUGUCAGUCAAGAUAAUUUAACCAGCACUGAGGAGAUCAUCGACAUGGCUAAUGAGAGAGACUUCCCUGACUGUGAAGGCCACAUGCAGUUCAGCCCAACAGACUCCGCCGACAGAGCAAACUCGCUGGAUGAACUGUACAGUGAUACCAGCCCUGCCUCCAGAACCCACGGCCGCUAUGCCAAGUGGCAUGACACCAACAGGUCCGUGGGAGAGGGAGAGGAUGGUAAGAGGCUGUCACCGUCAGAGGAGGAUGGGACUUCAUACGGCGCGUACACUCUUCCCUGCCGACGUUCCCACUGCCUGUCUGAAGGCCUGAGCAACCUCCAAGCCACAAUGUGCAAGAGUAUGCAGGGCCGGAGGGCGCAGACCAUACAGGAUGUCACGGCCGGAGACGGCAGUGAAUAUGAAGACAGCGGGAUCGACGGGGUGAUGGUGGAGGCAGUGCACCAACCUCGACGCUACAAGACGAUGUCGGCGUCCUUCUCCGUCUGUUCCAUGCACGGGCGGAACGUGUUUGUUGGCAGCGACAGCGGCAGCAGCAGUGGCGGCGGUGGCGCCAGCGAGGGCGUGCAGGGUGUGUACGAGAACUUCCGUCAAGAACUACAAAUGAGUUCCUGCCAAACGGAGAGCUUGGAGGAAGCGGGCUCCGCACUUAGCGAUGAGCAGAGCACCAUGAGCUCCGCCUACCAGUCCGAUCUGUUGCUAAGCGUCGUCCAGGGGAUGGUCCGUAAAGCUGGAAAACUUGCUGUAAAGAACUUCCUUGUGCACAAAAAGAACAAGAAAGUUGAAUCUGCCACAAGACGCAAGUGGAAGACUUACUGGGUUUCCCUAAAAGGAUGCACUCUCUUCUUUUAUGAAACCGAUGGCCGGUCGGGGAUUGACAACAACAGUAUUCCCAAGCACGCCAUAUGGGUGGAGAACAGUAUCGUCCAGGCUGUGCCAGAGCACCCCAAAAAGGACUUUGUGUUCUGCCUCAGUAAUUCCUUGGGGGAUGCAUACCUUUUCCAGACUUGCAGCCAGACAGAGCUAGAAAACUGGAUCACCGCCAUCCACUCGGCAUGCGCCACCGCCGUCGCUCGCCAGCAUCACAGAGAGGACACCGUUAGGCUGCUGCGUGCUGAGAUCAAGAAGCUGGAGCAGAAGAUCGACAUGGAUGAAAAGAUGAAAAAGAUGGGAGAGAUGCAACUGUCUGCUGUCACUGACACCAAGAAGAGGAAGACAAUCCUGGAUCAAGUAGGUUUCAUAACCCUCGCUGAUACGCCCCUCACUCUGCCGGCGUGCUGGGUGUUUAUCCCAUCGGCUGAUGUGUUGAACUUUCUGCUCUCCAAUCCUUCAUUAUAUCGAGGUCAAGCUUGAACAAUCAGUUUACUUUGAGAUUCUUAGCUGUUAAUUGCAUGACAGUUUCCGCUUGAAAUAUUAUUUGUUAAUUUUGAUGAUGGCAAAAAAAGAUGGAAGUAUUAUUUAAAGUAUGGAACAAUGAAAUUUACCCCCUUUUUGUUAUUUUCCAUGUGAAACAAGUGUUUCCAAAAGAGCUAACUUUAUAUUUACCAUGCUAUCAUUUGGCUUUAACUGAGUUAAACUCAGUGUUAGAGUUGCAAUACAUCCAAAUU